UGUAUGCUAUAGGAUAUUCACCCGUCGACCGCAGCCAGAAACACGCCAUCUUUCAUUCAACAUGACGAAGUGGGCGGCAGCUUAUAUACUUCUUCUUACAAGUGUGUCUUGCAGUGUGUUUAGCCAGACAAUCCGACUGGUGUCCCCACUGGACAACGGAGUUGGGAGACUUGAGGUGUACUAUAACGGAAUAUGGGGCACCGUGUGUGACGACAGCUUUGGUGCCGAUGAAGCUAAAGUGGUCUGCAGACAACUAGGACGAUAUGAAAGCGGAGUUACACCAAGGGCGAUUCAAACUUUCGGUUUUGGAGGAGGGCAGAUUUGGUUGGAUGACGUGAGUUGCUCUGGUUCCGAAUCAUCUUUGGCCAGCUGUUCACACAAUUCAUGGGGCGUCAACAAUUGUGGCCACAGUGAAGAUGUUGGCAUCAUAUGUGACCCAAGUGACAUAACGAUGAAGCUGACACCAAGCUACAAAAAGGGACUCCUCCAGGUAUCCCACUCCGGUGUCUGGGGAACAGUGUGUGAUGACCUUUUCGGCGAAGUAGAAGCUUCAGUUGUGUGCAGGGCUCUGGGGUACCAAAGAGGAAGGGUAAUAGAUGAAAGCAAUUCCACUAAAAUGUGGCUAGAUGACGUCCAGUGCACGCUGCAGAACACAGAUCUAAAGGACUGCAAGCACAGGCCAUGGGGCACAGAUGACUGUAGCGGCUCAGAAGCUGUUGGUGUUGAGUGUUCUUCGUUUCCUGAAGAGAUUGCAGCAGCAAGACUUUCCUCCAACGCCAACACGCAAGGAGAAGGAGUUCUGGAGCUGUACUAUGGUGGACGAUGGGGAAGAGUUCAUUCCACUGGGUUCGGAGUUGAAGAGGCAACGGUUGCUUGCAGAAUGUUGGGAUACAACACCGAUGCAGCCCUCGCCAGCUUGACUUUCAAUCUCGGCAAUGAAACACUCUUCGAUAAAGUCCAGUGUGUUGGCACUGAACUCACCUUGAAUGAAUGUCUGCACUACCCUUGGAAUACUGGUACAGCAUGGAUGGUAAUCAGAGUACAGUGUCCGUCUGCUCAUCUUCAAAUACGCCUAAAUUCGACAACUUCUGGACGGGGACGGGUAGAAGUUCUACACAACAAUGUGUGGGGAACAGUCUGUAGAGGGUCGUCGUUUUCCUCACAGGAGGCACAAGUUGUAUGCAAAAUGGCAAAUCUUCCCUGGACAACAGCCUCUGUGACAACGUCUUAUGGUCAAGGUGAAGGACUUAUCUGGCUGAGCAAUGUCAAUUGUCUGGGGACAGAGACCUCCCUAGACGAGUGUUCCCACUCUGGUUGGGGAACAGCACCAAGAUGUUCCCACAGUAGUGAUGUUGGUGUGAUAUGUGGUGGAGAUACUGUGAGUAUCCACCUGGAGCCACCAGGUAGUGUCCUCAACGUCCUUCUUGGUCAACCUCUCAGUGUCAAGUGUGUGGUCGAUUACUCCAACUCUCCCGUCACAUCGUUCAGGUGGACACACAGUGGGCGUUCCGACAGUGGACAAACAUUCAGUAGAACGAUGAUAUUAAAGUCUGACUCGGGCAAUCUAACAUGCAAUGUAGGGAAUGCGAGGGCCUCCACCCGAUUCAACGUGUGGUGUAAGUGUCCAACGACACGAAGUCAUUAA